AUGGCCCUUGAUUCAACCUCAUUCGACACUACCGUCGUCAUCAAUGGCGUGUCAUAUAAUGAAACAGUACUGGCUUUCUGGAACUACACUGCUUACGGUAACGGCACACUUUCGAAUGGAUCAAACUGUUUCCUCGCCUUUGACCGCUACCAGCCCAUCCUAGUCUCCCCCAACGGGACGUUCGUCAACACCACUUCGUGCUAUCAACCCAUUCAUGCCAUCAGAGCCCGAGGCAUCGCUGGCCUAGUGUUUGGAUCGCUUUUCGCAGUCUCCAUACUCUUUUCCACCAUCAAUCUCAGGAAACAUGGCCGCUCCUACCUGCCUACCGGGAAGAGAUGGAGACCGGUGGGCAGGAGAUGGCCAUGGUAUUGGACUAUGUUCGUCGCCGCAUGCGGGUUGUUAAGUUGCUUCACAGCCGUCGACGUUGACAGGGACUACGUUGUCAAUACGCCCAUGGUUCUUCAGUGCUUCUUCUUGACCUUGAUGGUUCCGGCUUUGCUGGCGUGUGUUUGGGAGUCCGUGCGGAGUUGGACUUCCUUCCAAUACCACCGUCUUCAGGAAGCGGAUACUUUCGCCCUACCAGUGGAGGUCUUCCGAGCGAGAGUUGACUUCUAUCUUCCUCUGAUUUUCUAUACGUUUGACUGGCUUGUAUUCUUCCUGUCCAUUCCAAGGUCUUGGUCGUUCGUCCAAAAACAACGCUCUCCAAUUCAAACGCUCGACUCGGCCAAACCGCGAGCACUCGAUGCUCGAUUCAAGAUCGCCUCGGUGACGGCUGUACUGUGCUUGACGCUGAUCACGUUUCGCCUAACAUACACCAGUCGGUCAUAUCGUUUGAGGAUUCCGUGCACACUUCUCAUCGUCGUGGGCCUUCUCGCCAUGCGGAUAGGCUAUGCCGUGGCUGGCUCUUUCGUGUGGACGAUAUCACCCUACCGGCUUGAAGUGAGCAUCGGCUGGCUAUACGGGCUCGGCUACGCACCGAUACUACUGGUCCUGUACUUAUUGAACCUUCGCGGUUAUCUUGAGGAAAACGAAGAUAAGAUCAUGAUUUCCCAACGAACUCGAAGGGGCAUUGAGCUUGAGGAGGACAUGCAUCUGAAGAGUGGAACAGGUCGGGCCAGGGAACACCAGGGCAUGCAUCCUUCGUGGUGGUAUAAAACGCGCCACGCUGGCUUGCCGCCAACUGCGGUUUUCAAGUCGGCAGGAUCACAACUGCGACGUGAGCCCGGCGACACCAGCAAAGGGACCCCUUCCCAAUCUGCAGAUGACCAUGAUGAAAGCGGACAUUACUGGUGGCAUCGACGGAAAGAAGGAGAGCAUGAUCCAAGACUUCGGAAAUCCCGCCACAGUACGAAUGCAUCGUCAGCCUGGUCCACUGUUGACUAUGAUAACGAUCAUGCGGGCGCGAAUUUGAGGUGGACCGAGCGGGGAGUGUCGAGUCUGCUGCGCGACGGUGUCAGUCCUACCAUGGAGACGAACGCAAGUGAACCCAAGUACAGUCCCUACGCCCGAUCACGAGGCAGACUAUCCAAGUCGUCGUCGUCGUCGUCGUCGUCGUCGCAAUCACUGCAAUCCCGGCCGCAGGUGGUAAGGAGUAUGCUAGACGUGUAA